AUAAAAAGGAAGCUCCCCAUUGGCUUAGUCAUACUCCACCCUCCGCCUCCUUUAUCCAGGUUUCCCGGGCAACCAUGUCAGGGUGGAGAAAAAGAGCAAAUCAUGUGAGGGCAAAGCAUCUUCCUCUUCCCCCUCUCUGUCAUUCUCUCUGUGCUUCAGAUUGUGUGUGUGUACAAAAGCUCCUCUCAAGGCUUUGACUUCAGCUCCUUUUUGCGCUGCACAGUAGAGACUGGACCCAACUCAAGUCCCCAGCUUUCCUGAUGUGUGGUGGGUCUCCCUCCUUUCUUCGUCACCCCUCCACUCGCUAAGCGUCUCCACACAGCUUGGACAGCGGCUGCAUCGAUGCAAAAUGGGAUGUGGCAAUUCCUCAUCCACCAACACCUCAGGAGGGGGCCCUGCAGAGGCAUCCAAAGAUGUGACAGAAGAUCCCUCAGUAGAAGAUGAAAAAAGAAGGAACUAUGGCGGCGUUUAUGUGGGUCUACCAUCAGACCUGACGGCCGUAGCUGUCAGUCAGUCCAAGUCCACACGAAAAGACUAGCAACUACAGACAGGCAACAAAGACCACAGGAGCCUGCUUGAAUCUUGUGGAGUGAUUAUCGGUGCUCUGAUCUUCAUUUUCAACUUUUUGUUGGCCUGAGACGAGGAAAAUCAGCUGUGAGUCGUUGUUUCAUGGAGCCACACAUGAAUGCACAGUUGAGGUCAUUCUGUAGCAUCCAUCAUCAGACUCUGCUUCGCAAAAAAAGCAGGAAGUACUAGAAAAGAACACACUUUGGACAAGCAGCUUGUGGACAACAAAAGCAGACAUAAAGGCAGUUAUCUCUGCACCUCUGUCAAGUCUUCAAAACUUUCCCUUUCUCAGGAGGAAACUGAGGAUCCUGCAGACAUUCUCUAAACAGCCUUCUGCAACAAAAAGCCUCUUCUUGUUACUUCUCUGCUGUGCAUCAGUGACUCAUUGUGUGGCGAAGGGGAGUGGCGAAGAUAUAAAUCAUCAUCGGAAAAAGCAGCAAGCUCGUUCAUGUUGACAUGACAGAAUAUCGGCAUUAUUCAAAACAGAAUUGCUUGCAAUCAGGGACCGAAACAGAUUUUAAAGAGUGACUCUCAGUGGCAAAGUUAAAGUUGUUUUAGCUAAAUGUGCUGGGAGUCCCAACCAGGUUUGUGUGUUUUCAACUCAUGCCUCCCACUCAUUACUUGAUUUUAGCACAAGAGUUGUGAUUUUUAGAGGACCUUGCUCUGCUAGCUGCCUUCUUCAUUGUCUGUCUAGUAGCAUGUAUUUCUACAAAAAUAUUGAUAUAAAUAUUAUUUUAUAACCCCCAUGGGUUUUUGUGUUUUUGGGCCAAAACUUAUAACAGGUUUUUUUAGCUUCCAGGUUGCAGAAAACAGAGAUUAAAGAAUAUGUAAGAUAGAAAACCAUAUAAAAGCUCUUUUAUUCUUUAUUCUUACAUUUUUUUUUUACAGUUUGGGGGUCUGACUCAUCCAUUAUGUAUAAAUGAUAAUGUGAAUCUUGCUUUUUUGUCCACAACAUACUUGAAGCACAUGCAAUGUAAUUGAUUCCUACUUUUAGAAUGAAAAUGUUUAGAAUGAAUCAUCUUUUAUGAAGGGGUGACAAUGUUUUUAUGUACAUUUCGAUGAGAAAGAUUACUUAGACGUGGUUUGGGCUGAGUCAACAUGAGUUAUUGGUGAACUUAUGCAGUUUUUUUUACAUAUUUAUUUAAUUGGUCAUUUAUUGAAAUCUUAUUUUCAUCUGUAGAUCUGACUGGAAAAUCAACGAAAACCCUGCAGGAGAACCUGGUUUGUUUGAUUACAUGUUUCAGUUUACAUGAUUAGUUCACGGUACCCGAAUAAAGAGUUUGAUGAAGUCUAAAAAAAAAAAAAUACAGUCAUGUGUAAAAUAAAUUAAAUCUUUGCAAUUCAAGAUUUUAGGUUCAACUAAAGUGGUUUGAAAAUAUAGUAUUAAAGCGAGCAGACACAUAGAAAAAUUAAUCAAUUUGUCCGUUUUUUUGCAUGGCACAUUUAUGGUUAACAUAAGCUAAGCCAAAGUUCAGCGGAUGUGUGUAUUAAAAAAGAACACUGUGGCUGUCCACAGGGGAAAUGGUUGUUUUGGAGGUUUGCUGGGAGAAAAACAGCUUCCUUUAUAAACAAAAUGACCAAAUGGCUUAGUUAUGCAAAAAUGCAUGCAAAAACAAACAAGAUUCCAAGUACAAACCAAACAACAACAUUUUUUUAUCUAAACUAUAAAGCAAAGUGGUGGGUGUAUGGUGGUUUGGUCUUUGUUUUCUCUUUUUUGUCAAAUAACCUGGGUACUCUACAGCCAUCGAGUUUACUUUAUGCUUUGUUUUACCACAAGUUUAUUUCAGACUCCAUCCAUCAGGUAAGGAUAUGCAAAAAGUUAAAGUUCCUCCACAGAUGACCCAAGGACCAUUAGCUAAUUUUAUAGAGAAUGUAAAAUGGGAAAAGACAUAAUGCCAACCAGUCUAAGCUGCAUUCCUGACUGUACCACUUUGAUAUGAUGUAACGCUCUGCAUAGACAAAUCUUCUAAACUUCUUUAUCUGCCAUGAGGAAGGAUGAUUGUGAUCUUUUACUCAUGUAGGAGGCAGAAAACAGAGAUAAUGUAAUCUAGCCUUCAACUCAAAGGAUAUUCUGUAGAUGAUUGAGGGGGGGGGCUCUUAAGUUUUUUAUGCCCUUUAUUUGUAUUUAAUUUGGCUUUAUUGUGCUAUUCAUCUCGAUUAUGUUUAAUAGAUACAGAUAUCUGGAACGUAUUGAUUUUGCAGAUUAAUUUUUUAUUCUAAUAAAGUAAAUAACAAGCAAAGUCAGCAUUUUUAAAAUUUAGUGGCAUAGAAAUAAAGUUUUAACAAAGUUUCAAAUGAAUUAAUAGUUUGCCUUUAUUUUUUUUCUGUUUUUGUGAAGUGUAAUGAAGUUCUUAGCUUACUUAUGUUGCACAGAUUCUAUCUAUUCAUCUUUCUUGAUAAAUAACAAAAAUAUAUAUUAUUUAGUUUAAAUCAAGUUUCAAAUAACCGGCAUUCAGUUGAAGUGAAGAUUUUUUGUCUUCAGUUGACAAAAUAUUGAAAAUUUGUCAUUGUCAUGUGUUCUACGUAAAAUAAAUCUUUCCCGAAAA